AUGUCCAGCCAUAUUCGUCGUCUCUCAGUCGCUUGGAAGCUGUCCAAGCCAGCUCAGCCAGAGCCAAUUACAAGCACAGAAACUCCUUCUGAGAACGCCUUACUGCACUUCCUGGAACACACCAAGCGCCAUUACUUGUCUGACAUUGAGGAGUCGAGGGAAAAUGCCAAUGAAUGGCUUAUGGUAAUGGGAAAUGAAGCAGGGGACUUGGACAGUAUCGCGAGCUCAAUAGGCUAUGCAUGGCUCAGUUCUCGGUCCACCACUACCGUUCCAUACAUACAGAUCAACAAGGAGGACCUGGCCUUGCGCGCCGAAAAUCUGUACGCGUUGCAGCUGGCUGGCAUUGACAAUCCUCAGGAGCAGCUACUGCUCGCCAAUAAUCUCGUAUCAUAUACCCCCUUCCCGUCUACGCGGUUCGGUCUUGUCGACCACAACCGCCUUGGCUCUCCAUUCGUUUCUGAUGCUGCGCGUGUAGAGGUCCACACCGCUGACCCCAGAAUUGUCGCUCCGGCAGGCAGUUGCUCUUCUCUUGUCGCCAGUCUUUGUCCGUUCAACCUUCCACGAGAAAUUGCUACUCUCCUACUAUGUGCCAUUCUCAUCGAUACGAACGGUCUCAAGCCCGGUGGCAAGGCUGUUCAGGCUGAUCGUGAUGCCGUUCUUCGUCUCCUUCCGCCAGCGCGCCUUGAGCUCCCACCCUCGUUCUCCUCCGCUAACACAGACGGCCUUCAUGACAUCCCAUCCAUUAUAUCCUUGAGCUCCGUGCUUGCCACGAAAAAGGCUGACGUGUCUCAUUUGAGCCCACGCGACCUACUUCGGAGAGAUUACAAGGAGUAUACAUAUAUCCUUCAUUGGCACUCAGUCAAACCCACUGUGAAAGCUGGUCUUUCUACAGUACCAUUACAACUCAAAGAUUGGGGGAGUAAAGGAAAACUAUAUCGCGAGAGCCAUGCGUAUAUGCAGGACCGUGGAUUGCAUGUCCUUGGUGUUUUGACGACGUUUAAAAAAGCCAAGAAGACUGGAAAGGAGAAGAUGAAACACUGUAGAGAGAUGGCAUGGAUUGUUUUGUCGGACACAGGAUUAGAGGAAAGGCUAUGGCAGGGCUUAGAGGGGGACCAGGAGAUCAGGGUCGAGAAGCACAAGAAGUUUAAGACGGGGAAACUUCCUGGGGAUGCGAACGUCAGGGUGUAUAAGCAGGGGAACGCGAGCGCAACUCGAAAGGCUACAGCACCGUUACUGAAGCGCAUUCUUGAAUCGCCUUCAUGAUUGCUCUAAUUCAUGACGAGGCAUGAAAAUUCACUCGUAAGUACCAGACCAGCUCAUAUCUGCCACACCACUCCAAGCGAUGUAUAGACAGCAUGUUAUAAACGUUGAAACAUCUGUGUCUGCUACAGCUCUUCGACCAUUACAAGUCCUGCCCGGAUACAUAAGUCUUUUGCAUCUCCAUCAAUUCGUGCCAUCUCGGCAAU